UUGUGAACCAGGCAGAUGCAGUCUGCGGUGCUGUCCUAAAGGCCUCCGAGCGUAUGAGUCCUGUGCCUCGCCGCGUCUGUCGCUGCUCGCCGUCGAGGCUGUAAGGCGCUCCUGCACGGAGCGGGGAGAGAUCUCGCGAGAGCGCGCCGAGCGUGUGGCUGGCUGAGGCUUUGCAGCAGACGGAGGGAGAAGGCAGGCAGGCAGCAUCAUGGCGGACAGAGACAGUGGCAGCGAGCAGGGAGGAGCGGCCACGGGCCAGGGCUUCGGCCCCGUGCACCCGGCGGCCGGCGGCGCGGGCUCGGCGGCGGGGCUGCAGCACGAGACGCAGGAGCUGGCGUCCAAGCGCGUGGACAUCCAGAACAAGCGCUUCUACCUGGACGUGAAGCAGAACGCCAAAGGCCGCUUCUUGAAGAUAGCCGAGGUCGGGGCCGGCGGCAACAAGAGCCGCCUGACUCUGUCCAUGUCCGUGGCCGUGGAGUUCCGAGACUACCUGGGCGACUUCAUCGAGCACUACGCGCAGCUGGGGCCCUCCAACCCGGGGCUGGUGCAGGACGAGCCGCGGCGGGCGCUCAAGAGCGAGUUCCUGGUGCGCGAGAAUCGGAAGUACUACAUGGACCUGAAGGAGAACCAGCGGGGCCGGUUCCUGCGGGUCCGGCAGACCGUGAACCGGGGGCCCGGCCUGGGCUCCACGCAGGGCCAGACCAUCGCCCUGCCGGCGCAGGGGCUGAUCGAGUUCCGCGACGCGCUGGCCAAACUUAUUGACGAUUACGGCGUGGAGGACGAGCCCGCGGAGCUGCCCGAGGGCUCCUCGUUGACUGUGGACAACAAGCGCUUCUUCUUCGACGUGGGCUCCAACAAGUACGGGGUGUUCAUGCGCGUCAGCGAGGUGAAGCCCACGUACCGCAACUCCAUCACCGUGCCCUACAAAGUGUGGUCCAAGUUUGGGAAUACUUUCUGUAAAUACGCGGAAGAGAUGAAGAAGAUCCAGGAGAAGCAGCGGGAGAAGAGGGCGUGCGAGCUGCAGCAGCAGCAGGAGGAGAUGCAGGCGGACGAUGGAGACGAGGAUUGAGGAGGAGAGGGAGAGGGAGGGGGGAGACAACAACCUGCAAGAGUAAUGAAAAUAACAAGAGAAUUAUAUUAAGAAGAAAAAAACUCUACUGUAUAAAGAAAGAAAUCUAAAGAUUUAACUGUAAUGGUUUAACUCCAAGGGAGCAUCACUCUCAAUAUAAGAAACCUCCACAACCUGACAGUUAUGACAUGUUGUCACUCAUCGCUGGAUGUUACCCCACUUAUCACCAUUAAUACAGUAACAGGCUGCUAAACAAAGUAAUAACAUUAUAUUUGAACAUUGUUUCCUACUUGACAAAACAAUAUUGAACUUGAGUGUUUAUUUCCCUUAUUAACAGAGAACUUUUGUACCAUUUAAAGCUAUUGUAAAAAAAAAAAGAAGAAAAAAAAAGUGUUUGCAAUGUUCAAAUGGAAGUAUUGCCGAGUUCAGAGGAAACGCGUUUCCUUCACAUGUGAGCUAACGACUUCAGCACAAAUCAGAUAUAUUAAUUUUUAAAACCAAAAUUCAGAAAACUUUGUAAAAGGUUGUCACAUGUACUCGCCAUCCUAUUUACAUUUACCUGUGAGUAGAGAUGUGUUUACACAUGAAUCACAUGAGGGCUAGGCCUGCUUCGGAAACUGGUUAGAUGUCAUGCAGUAUAAAAAGGAAUAUAUAGGCAUUUUCAUGAAAUGAAAUAAGUGCUAUAUUUGUUGUGAAAUAUGCAUUGCAUAAAAAAAGAAACUAUUAUAUUGAACUGGUCAAUGGAUCUUGACAUGAUGACCUUCGCCAGAGGCAUUCAAAGAAUUAUUAAUAUUGUAAUUUUUGUUUUCAGUUGAAAUCGUUGCCAUGCAGAUGGAUAUAUUAUAGAUUACCUUCGUGUCUCGUUGUUAAUGCAAUGUGUUCAUCUUAAAGGUACUAAAUGUGUGUUUGAUAGAGGAGUGAUUAUCAUGUAGCAAAUGGCCUGAAUCGCAGAUUAUUUAACAAGACAAACACCCGACACGCUAGUAAAAUCCAGAGGAGGGUUGUUGCCGCGUGCAUCCACAAGCGGCAACAUUUCGUGAUCUUGUUUAGUCAGAAAGGUCUAAAUGGUGCCAAGGAGUGCUGUUGCUGCAUGUUAACCUGCACUGUUUUAGAUUUCAUAGGUGUCCCAAAGUAUAGGCUCAAGGACCCUUCCGUAUAUAUAUCUUUACCUGCCUAUAUUGUACAAAUCUCGAGUUUGAGUUCCGGGUGAUUUCCAUCCAAAGACUUGGGUGUCGUUGUCGUCGUGAAAGUGGUCUCAGAAGGGUGAUGGUAUAAGGAGUCACCAUGCAAACACCGUUGAACUAGGAGGAGGGCCCCCCCCAGGAGGGCCCCCCCAGAGGAGCGCCCCUGCUCUUAGCCGCGAGGGUCUAGUCCACGUCUUGGUGGAUACGAGCACGUCACCAGACGUGCCCAUUCCCACUAGUGAAGAUCUGAAGCUGUGAAGCUGAGUGGGGAUGUUGUGGACGUAAACUUAAAGCUCUCCUUAGGAUUUGUAACCCCCGAUAAUCGAACUGGGGGGGGGCGGUGGUGGUGACGGUAUUCUGUUUUGGCCUAAUUGGAGAUAUUUGGGCUGCCACAUGGAAAACAACUGGUUCCAUUCCAGUGAAGUCGCAUCUCAUAGAUGUGUGAUAGCAGUUUUAUAAACUCUGUCAGUAAACUCCAGAGAAGCUGACAACAAUCAGAUAAUGUCAGAUGUACCUCAGUGUUAAAUUAAAUGAUUGCUCCCGUGUUUAGGUUGACUGGACACCAGCGAGCCAGGCGGUCCCACGACCGAUCUGAUUCGUAAACGUGGCACCUGAUUGGGAGUCUUCUUCAGCGUUUAAACGACCUGGUGCCUUACACACUCCGCAUGCUUACACGCUGGCCCGGUGCUUUGGAUCGCACUUUGACUUCUUUCUUUCUUUCUUUCUUCUUCUGCUUUCUCUUUGUUUCCUCCAUUAUCGCGUCUCGGCCCCUUGUGUGCUCGCGCACGACUCGUGGUGCUAAAAUACAAAAAAAAACCAAGGGUUUGUUACGAAACCUUCAAGACAAGUGGGAGCAGAACUAUUCCUGUGUUUUCUGUUGCCCCCCCAACCCCAUCCCCGUCACCCAGCCAUCCAGGUAUCGGCCUACAUGUAACCAUGGAAGGGGGUGGUCACCUGGGCUCUGCACCAGCCGAGCGCGUCAGCGGGGACGGAGCGUGAACGUCAGUAUCGAUCCAUGUGAAUAGCUGAGAUUGUUCGGCGUGGUUGGCGAGCCCACCCCCCCCGAACUGCUCGGUCGGAGUAGCGUAGCGAUUAUAUAAAUUCCAAGUUACUCAAUUAACCGGGGAGUAGAAAGCAUGUCUUCUUUUCCUUUUUUCUUUUUUUUUUUAAUGUAGUUUUACCUUUUCAGCGUUAUUCCACAUUCUUUGUAACUUUGGAAUGUUUUUGCCCACAAAAAAAAUACAUAUAAUAUAUAUAUAUAUCUAUUUUUUCUGUGCAACAUUUCAUCACUUUGUGCAAUAUCGGAUGUGCCAAUGGUGGCAAUAUAUGUAUAUCAAUUAAAAUAUGAUUACUAUUUGAAGGCAUGUGGCUGAUUUCCAUGUUUUGUUUUGUUUUUCCUUUUUGGUUUUGUCUUGUGAAGGAGUUGUAUGCCUUUAUUUGCACUCAAAGCUCCAAUCUGGAGGAAAGUAUAGCUAAACAAGGUCUUACAAGCCUGCGGGGUCAAAAGGUCGCUUCUUGACCCGGAACAACACCGUCACUGCAAGUGGGCCCCUCUCAGAGACGAGGGCCGGCUUGGCUGAUGGCUCCUUGAACUAAACAUCCAAUGGAGCUAUUUUGUGAAAAGAAGAAAAGAAAAAAAAAAUAGGUAAAUGAAAUCUCCAUUUUAGCUUUAAGCUAAGAAAAGGUGCUUCAGACCAAUCCUCAUUAGGGUGUGUGGUGAACUGUCUUCAGUGGUUUUUGUGUGUAGCACUUUGCUUUCCCAGGUGAAUGAAAUACCUGACCAAUACUUGUUUCAAGAUCUCAACAAAGAAUGUCAUUCUCUCUUUUAUGUUGCCUCUGUUUUUGUUUUCCUUUUUGAAGAGUAUUUGAUUUGCCCAUUUGGUUUUGAUGCAUUCAAUAUAAUUUAUGUACAUUUGACAAAUUUUAAAAAUAAAUUUAAUUUACCCAGAGAGGGGGGAGAAAAAGUC